UUGGGUUUACGUUUGGUGUCUCAUCCUCGACUGUCCUUUUUGCCGCAGAACCAGUUCGGCUAUCGGGACGGUGGUCCAAACCCGGCGGAGGGAGGAGCACUGGCCGGCGCCCAAGCCUGCGUGAACCAGGAGGCCACCGGCGUCCCGGGUCCGGCCCUGGAAGACCAGCGCUGUAACGGGAGCCUGCAUAAGAAGGGCCUGACCCAGGCCGGGGGGGAGGACAGCGGAGCCCAGAGGUACAGCGCUGACCCCACCAUCUUCCUGGGGGAGAGAGCAUCCCGAGGGGACACCGAUGAGGACGGCUACAUGACGCCAAUGAAGGACAAGUGCUCCUCAGACUCUUCUACCCUUCAUCCUCUAAUCUCUAUCCUUUUUUCUUUGACCUGUGCUGCAGAGUAUCUGAACCCAAUCGAGGAGAACCCCUUUGUCUCACGACGUAAAAACGGUGAGAUCCAUGCCUUGGACAACCCAGGCUACCACAGCACACCCAACAGCCAGCCAAAAGGAGAGGAUGAGUACAUCAACGAGCCCCUCUACCUCAACACCUUCCACAGCCCGGCUGACUUGGGCCUGGAAGCCCUGAGGCGAAACGGUUUGCCAUUGCCCUCCCAGCCUCCCUCCUCUAUCUCGGCUUCAACCCCGGGCUCCCACCUCCCGCUUACCAUUCAGACCAGCCUGCCUCACUUCCCCCUCCCCACCGCCCAGCCGUCUCCGUCUGGUGUGCCCUGCCUCCACGGUCCAGCGCCUCACAUCCUUCACGCCCAUCACGCCAUCAAACCCGCCGGACAGCCGGGCAAUCCGAGCGGCGGCUCCGUCUCCCAGAGCCAAAUACCGACCACGGCUCACGUCCAGGUGAGCCAGUCGGGGGUCCUGCCCGCCUCGGCCACCAUCGGGCACGGCAGUUUGCCAGCCUACCAGAGCCACGCCAUCUCCCACCCAGCGGGCAUGCUGAAGCACGGAGGGCUCACGUCAGGUAAAGCCAGCGGGAAGAAGCUGAAGGUAACCUUUGACAAUCCCGAGUACUGGCAGCACAGCUUGCCUCCCAAAUCGUCCAUCCAGAUGGUCCCCGACGCGGCCCAGGGAGGCUCCACCAACGCCAAGCUCUUCUAUAAACAGAACGGACACAUACGGCCGGCGGUAGCUGAAAACCCCGAGUACAUGUCCGAGUUUGCCCUAAAGUCUGGCACCGUCUUGCCGCCUCCACCCUACAGGCAGCGAAACACUGUGGUCUAG